GUGGGCCUUCCUGGAGCUGGGCACCAGUGGCAGCUACAAUGACAGCCUGCAGGCCUAUGCAGCUGGUGUGGUGGAGGCCUCUGUGUCGGAGGAGCUCAUCUACAUGCACUGGAUGAACACGAUGGUGAACUACUGUGGCCCCUUCGAGUACGAGGUUGGCUACUGCGAGAGGCUCAAGAGCUUCCUGGAGGCCAACCUGGAGUGGAUGCAGCAGGAGAUGGAGCUGCACCGGGACUCCCCCUACUGGCACCAGGUGAGGCUGACCCUCCUGCAGCUGAAGGGCCUGGAGGACAGCUACGAGGGCCGCUUGAACUUCCCCACUGGGAAGUUCUCUGUCAAGCCUCUGGGGUUCCUACUGCUGCAGAUCUCAGGCGAUCUGGAGGACCUAGAGCCAGCCCUGAACAAGACCAAGACCAGGGCGACCCUGGGCUCCGGCUCCUGCUCUGCCCUCAUCAAGCUGCUGCCCGGCCAGCGGGACCUGCUGGUGGCCCACAACACGUGGAAUGCCUACCAGUACAUGCUGCGUGUCCUCAAGAAGUACCAGCUGCAGUUCCGGGAGGGCCCCCGAGAGGACUAUCCCCUGGCUCCGGGCAACAAGCUGGUCUUCUCAUCCUACCCAGGCACCCUCUUCUCCGGUGAUGACUUCUACAUCUUGGGCAGCGGGCUGGUCACGCUGGAGACCACCAUCGGCAACAGGAACCCGGCGCUGUGGAAGUACGUGCAGCCCCGGGGCUGCGUGCUCGAGUGGGUCCGCAACACCGUGGCCAACCGCCUGGCUGUGGAUGGGGCCACCUGGACGGACGUCUUCAAGAUGUUCAACAGCGGCACGUACAAUAACCAGUGGAUGAUCGUGGACUACAAGGCGUUCAUCCCCGGUGGGUCCAGCCCGGGCAGCAAGGUGCUCACCAUCCUGGAACAGAUCCCAGGCAUGGUGGUGGCGGCUGACAAGACCUCAGAGCUCUACGAGAAGACCUACUGGGCCAGCUACAACAUCCCGUCCUUUGAGUCUGUGUUCAAUGCCAGCGGGCUGCCGGCUCUGGUGGCCCAGUAUGGGGACUGGUUUUCCUACAGCAAGAGCCCCCGCGCCCAGAUCUUCCUGCGGAACCAGUCCCUGGUGCACGACGUGGACUCCAUGGUGCGGCUGAUGAGGUACAACGACUACCUCCACGACCCCCUGUCGCAGUGUGAAGCCUGCAGCCCGCAGCCCAAUGGGGAGAACGCCAUUUCCGCCCGCUCCGACCUCAACCCAGCCAACGGCUCCUACCCGUUCCCGGCACUGCGCCAGCGCUCUCACGGGGGCAUCGAUGUGAAGGUGACCAGCAUGUCCCUGGCCAAGGCACUGAGCCUGCUGGCCGUCAGCGGCCCCACGUGGGACCAGGUGCCCCCGUUCCAGUGGAGCACCUCGCCCUUCCCGGACCUGCUGCACAUGGGCCACCCCGACCUCUGGAAGUUCGCCCCUGUCAAGGUCUCGUGGGACUGAGGCGCCUUUUGCCUUUCGCCUUGCUGCUGCCUUCGCCCUGUGGGGCCCUGGGAGGGCCGUCUCGCCUGCCCGCCCUCCCGGCUCUGCUGUCCGCUGGCCCGGAGCUCGGUCUGUCUGUGUGGUCUCCUCUGGGGUGUGGAGACUGACGCGGUGUCAGUCCUGAAGAGUGCGGGCCAUCCCUGUCCCCGCUGUGCUGCGCCGUCUGCCGACCCCCCUGCCCUGCUGGUCUCCAGGGCACGCGGGUGGGGCCCCGCUGCCCCUAGGAAGAGGCUGUGCGCCUCUCCAGCAGCUUCCUCGAGGACAGAAACUGGAAUACAAACCAAAACCAAAGUUUCUGGCCACUCGUGGCUGGAGGGUCCUGAGUGCCCGUCUCCCUGCAGGGCUGGCGGGAGUGUUGCCCCAAGCUCCUGCCUCACAUCCCUACCCAGCCUGGCCUGCGCCCGGCCUCUGGGCAGCGCCCACGGCCCCCACUGUAGGAACCAAACCAUUAAACACAGGAGCCUGUGC